AUGUCUAAGCUUCCACCCAAAGAUGAUCCUGAGCGCACUGCCAGAGAAGUGCAAGCAUUGAGACAACAAGAUAAGGCCAUGGAAAUCAAUGUUCAACGCUCGGACGUGCUUUACGAUACGGCACGUGGAAUGUCACCUUCAGGGAAGAAAGUCCUUGUAGAUACGGAAAAGGUGUUGGAAAGUGCAAAGGCGGUAUUGGAAGAAAAAAAUGCAGGGGAUGAGUUACAGAAAGUCGUCUAUUAUGGAACACAAGCUGCUAAGGACUUGAGCGACGUGGAAGUAGCAGACAUUCCGGAAGACUUGAAAGCAAGAGCUGAGGAGGGUGCGACAACAACGCAAUCUCUCGCACGCGAAGGCAUUAGCAACGCAAUAAAUGUCGCACGUCUCCUUGUAUCUUCACCCGAAUUCCGUAAACUAGUCAAUGAUAUUCUGUCCAUCAUUCGCGACGUUCUUCGUCAAUCCAUUGCAUCAGGAGAUGAGGAGCAGCGAGAUAUCGGUACUGGCGUUGGUACCGAUCAAGAGAAAUCUGUAGAUCAAGCUAUUGACGAGACCACUGGGAAAUUACGCGAGACUGUUCAUCCGAUUGCCCGUUCGGCUGCUGAUGUUGCCGAACCAAUUAUUGAACGCUAUAGCAAGGGAGAUAUAUCCUUUGAGGAAGCAGCGAAGAACAGUGCUAAUACUUUUGUUUCAAACGUCCGCUCAUCCAUUUCUGGUAUUAGUCUACCACCCGAGAAACGCGAUGUGAUCAUUAAUAGAUUUAAGAAUUUAAUUAUUCAAACUCAGAAGAGCAAGGAAUAUCAAGAUGCGCUAGAAGAUUUUAUUAAUAUAGUAACACAUGUUGCUUCACACGCCCAACAGUUGAAGACACAUGUCUCACAAAAAGCGAGCGAGGCACAGACACCCGCGUUUGAGGUUGCCGAACAGAAUGCGAAAGAACUGGUUGAGAAUUUUGCCGGCCAUCAGUCACUCGACCCUCUGACUUCUGUGUUGAGAGAAUUUGCUGUCAAAGUACAAGAGGACAAUGAGCUUCGUCAAUACUUGUGUGAUCUAAAAGAUUUCGUGAUUAAGUCGUUGCAGGAUCCUGAAUUUGUUCAGCAGACAGAUUAUAAUUCUCUUGUAUCUCAACUAAUAGAUAGGGGUCGCAUAAUUUUAUUGGAGAAUUACCGAGAAAUAAGCCAGCGCUUAAUAGACGAAGCAAGCAAAUUCAAUGAAGCGUUGCAAGAAGAUAGGACAACUCGUCAAUUCACGAAGGAUCUGGAGACAUUGAUAGAGGAUUUGUUCUUGGACGAAAGAGGCAGGCCAACGAUUAAAUUGGAACUUGUAAAAGACUUCGCUAAAAUAUUGCCAAUUAUUGGGGAGAGGCUCAAGUAUAUUUCUCUACCCCGAAUUGAAAAUUCGGAUGAUCAAUAUGAUUAUGUUUUUGACAAUAUUGUGCUUCACGUGUCGGAAAUUGUUCCAAAGCAUGUCCAUAUGAGUUUGAAUGCAGACAUUAACCUUGAUAGGGAGGAAAAUGAUAUCGUACAGUAUACGAUUACGGUCGACAUUUCUAAACUGCAUGCAGAUGCACGGAAUAUAGCCUUUUUCUAUAAAAAGAAGAAGGGAAUGAUCAACAUGAUGGAUGUUGGUCUUAUUGACUUUGCCGUUCCUGAGGAUACUGGUAUGAGGAUCCACGUGAAAGUCUGUUUGAAGCUUCACACCGACGAUAAACCUCUCUCGCUCGAAAUAUGGGAGGCUCGUACCGAAAUUUCGGAAUUCAAAUUAAGAUUGCACGAUACGCGGCGUGAUAUGCUUUACAAAUUACUGGUCCCAUUAGUCGAAUCAAGAAUCAAGCGUCAGAUCGAAAAUCUUCUUACGGAGCGUAUUUGCGAAACUAUAUCGUUCAUUGAGAAUCAAAUUGGACGCGCCCAUUCGCAAUUUGCAGAAAUGCAACAGAAGCAGAAACAGCGUGAUGAUUAUGAUGAUUAUGCAGGAAGUGAAUCGCAUACUAGUGGAGAGAGGCGGAAGAAUCCAUGGGAGAGCCCUGCAUUUAACAAAAGUCAAGCUGUUUAA